GAAACGGCUGUACGCCGUUUGGACCUGAAAACUCAAUGUCCCUUUAUAAGAAUACGGGUAACCCGUACGGGUUGACAGUAAUAGAAUACAUUUCUCAAUUACCGAGUGAUCUUUUUUUCACGCAUUUCGGAUGUAAAAAUACCUGACCUAGUCUUGACUGGGCCAUUUUUUGGAACCCCAAAAAUAACAUCCGCUGAUCAGAUGUAAAAAAAAAUCCCUUAAGACCAGGCCAUGUUGAUAAGUCCAUUAUAAAAUGUAUUAAUGACAAAAAUAGAAAGCUAUUUUAAUCCUCCGAGUGGAAUUAAAUAGCCUACUUUCAAUUAAAUACAUUAGUGAGAGUGGCUGGAUGGUUUCAUAAUAAUACAACCGGCGAGGUAGCCAAAAGGAUUGUGCGAGUCAGCGAGCGCAUCAUCCCUCCGGAGUCGAUAAAUCUAGUACCACUUCGUGGGGUAGUCAACAGCGGUUGUCCUAUGGAGAGACUCCCACCCAAGACUGUCUCAUCAGCUGAUGAGGACCCGAGUAAACACAGGACGUUGGGCCAACGUUGGUCCAACGGUUCCAAUCCCACGCUGGCUUUUGUUUACUGGGGCCACGUUGUUUUAACUGUUUAAUGCUCUUUUUAUUAUGACCCAGGAUAGCUUCAGUGUCUUCGAGACCUUUCCAGAAGGGGUUGGGGUGGUGGGUCCCUGCACUGACCAUCCGGCCAUCGUGGUCAAAAGUAACGAUCUAAUAACUCGCACGACCUGGAUUGACCUUGGAACCGACGAUGGCGAUAACGUUUGCUGCUGCUGUUGCUGGUGUCAAGUGACUCAUCUUGUCCCACGACGAGCAGUGGAGUGACCAUGGCUGAUAUUUGACAAAACACGUUGAUGCCGAUUGCUGAGAGCAACAAAAGUGAGCCGUCUUGUACAUCACGCAGACGCCCCCGCGAGUCGCGCAUCCCUGUGCCGGGGCCCCCGCGCUCGCUCUGAGCUGGGCUCCCCGCACCGGGAGAUUUCUCUCUUCUCGCCUUUCUCACAGAUUACUCGCCUCGUCGGCGCCCCAUUCAAGCGCAACAACGAACCCUCGCCGCUCGCUGCUUUGCACGCUUAGCGGGGACUGCGGGAGCGCCGUGAAGAUGAUUAAACUGGAGAAUCAGACCCUGAAGGCAGAGAGGGUGGAAGAUCUGCCGGUGCCAGAGUACACGCUGCGAGAGGAUGUGGAGCAGCACGCGGCGCGGCUCACGCAGCAGCUGAACGAGCAGCGCCUGCAGCAGCCACACCUGUGCGACGUGGACGUGGUUGUGGUGGAGGGCACCGGCGCUGGACACAAGCACAAGAACAAACAGAAGCAGCGGCAGCACAAGUUCCCCGCUCACCGGGGCGUGCUGGCUGCAGGGAGCCGUUUCUUCGGCGGCCUCUUUGCGACCGAGGGCCUCAAGCCGUCCGUCGGUCGUGGCCGCCAGCGCCUGGAACUGCGCCUGCAAGAAUUGUCGGCGCGCGGCUUCCAGCACGUGCUGGGCUUCAUCUACACGGCCAAAGUGCACGUCGCCAAAGGCAACGUGCAGGAUGUGAUGAGCACAGCACGCGCCUUGCACCUCGACCAGCUUGCAGAGUCCUGCCAGAAGCUGCUCAAUACGCGGGCCUUUGAUGUGGCGGACUCCAACAUGGCCAGCGCGGAGGGCCUGACCAACCCGGGGCAGUCCGCGGAGGGGCAGCAUGCGCAGCCCCAUGAAGACAACGACAUCAUUUACCAUGGCGAUGCAGAAGACUCCGAUUCGGACGCGUCGACCAAAGCAAAAAACUCUGACAGCGACAGAGACUGGGAGAGCGGCGGGGAUGAUGAAGAUGAUGACGAGGAGGAGGAGGACGAUGAUGAGCAGAACUUUGACUAUGGAUUGCGUCGCAGCACCAGGUCCUAUCUGCAUCCAGAUGACAAGCAGAUCAUUGUGGAGUUGAAUCUAAAUAACCAGACUCUACAUGUCUCACAGGGCUCCGGAGAUAUAAUCACAAGCAGAUCUAAAGGCAAGCGGAAGAAAGUAAAGAAAGAGGUGAAGGAAGAGUUAAAUGAGGAAAUCAAGCAGGAGGAACUGGGCAGCGAAGAUGAAAAGAAACACCGACCCCGCCGCGGUCGCCCUCCUCUCACCUCCAAGGACGUGCGGAGGAGAGGCAAGAGGAAGAGGCCCCCCGUGACACCUCGGAAGGUGAAGAAGAUUGAAGAAAAGGAACGCUUCCCUUGCAGCAAGUGCAAGCGGGUCUUCAAUAACAAGAUCUACUUACAGAAGCACCUGACUGUGAGCCACAAGAGAAGCCACGUGUGUGAGAGGUGCGAAAAGAGGUUCGUGAAGGAAGAGGAGUUGCGGCUCCAUCAGCAAACGGACUGUGAGAAGAGCAUUCAGUGUGUCACAUGUGAGAAGCAAUUUAAGAAACUCUGGUACCUUCAGCAACACAUUAAGACAGUGCACAGUCUCACAGAGAGGAGUGUGGCCUGUGAUAUCUGUGGUAAAAAGUUUUACACUGUGGCUCAAGUUAAAAAACACUUGGUUGCGCACCGUGAGGAUAUGCCGUACACAUGUGAGACAUGCGGAAAAUCUUUCAAGCGCAGCAUGUCUCUUAAAGUUCACAGCAUGAAGCAUACUGGGCUCAGACCGUACAAGUGUAAGUUUGAGAGCUGUACGGAGUGCUUCAUGUACCGAUACCAGCUGAGAAACCACAUGAGCGUGCACCUAGGCCACAAGGAGUUUAUGUGCCAAUGGUGUGGAAAGGAUUUCAGCAUGAAGCAGUAUUUUGACGAGCACUUAAAAGUACACACUGGAGAGAAGCCCUACAUCUGUGAGGUGUGCGGCAAGAGUUUCACGAGCCGGCCCAACAUGAAGCGGCAUCGGCGCACACACACCGGGGAGAAGCCGUACUCGUGCGACGCCUGCGGGCAGCGCUUUCGCUUCUCCAACAUGCUGAAAGCACACCGCGAGCGGUGCCAGCUUGCCGUCGAGAAGAUCAACAUGGACGUGCACAUUGCGGCAAAUCUGUGACGCGCCGUCACUCCACCAGUGUCAGAGUGGCCUCGGGUCGUAUGGUUGCGUUCUUUUUAAGGAAGGUUUGUUUAGAGACACAAAAAUUGCCACGUUUGUUAAAGAGGAUUCAUAUACAUUCCUUUUUAUGCAAUAUUAUGAACCCAACUUUUAUUAUCCCUAGUCCAUUGAGCCUGAAUCUCCAAAUAAAGCUGUAAUUUAUUCAUGGUCCAUGGUGUUUUGCCAUCUGGCAGCGAUAAGGGUUACAGGCUUUUUUUUAAAUAAAAGAUCAUGUUCGUAUACUGCUGCUACUUAAAAUGAAUUAAUUUUCUUCUACUUUGCAUAGGAAAUAUUUGCUGUUGUUUAUUCAGUAGCACUUACCAUAUGUUAUUAUUUGUGUUCAUGACCUGGACACAUGUUAUGUUACAUUUAUAUCAUACUUCAUCGUAUUUAAGAAAAAUAUUUUUUUAGGUUACGUAAACUUAAUUAGAUGAUUUUGCAGGCACUUUGUACUUUGCUGUACUGUUAGCGCAUACAACUUAGGCCUUUGUCAUAGGAUUUCCCAAAAAAAUGGUUUGACCAUUUGAGGAGUGAAAACAACUGGUUGUGCCUCAAACACAACGUGAUUAUUAUUAUUGAGACACCUUGAAUAAUAUAUACUAAUAGCAUUGUACCAGAAUAGGUACAUAAUAUAUGCCAAAAUGGCUUUUUAAUUUUUUUACGUAUUUGCAGUACAGUAUUCAAACAGCCGUUUAAUGCUUUGACGUAUUAUUGCUGCAGAUAGACUCGUGCAGUAAUGUAUUCAUCUAUUUGCAUUUCAUGCAUUUCUGUAGUUUCCCCACGCAGAAAUUAGUGUUACAAAAAUUCUUGAAACAGGUUGAUUAAGCCUCCUUACAAUCAGUGUAUCAUACGGAUGUCUUAUUAUUGCUAAGUAAACACACCCUGUUUAAGCUGUACCUAAAGGCUAUCAGUGCAGGGGUGUUUGCAAAGUACUUUGAGCAUUUUUAACCCAUGUAAAGCACUACUUGCCAUUGCACCCUGUAAUUAGUGUAUGCUGCCACGGUUUUAAUACUGCCGGCUCACAGGAAUAACGUGUUAAGCAAUGUAAUUGGAAACGGCGUUUUAAACAACACAAAACAUGACUUAGUGAUGUUCAACAGAUGCUGAUUAUACCAUUAGAGAAUGUGACUGUGAUGUAAUGUAAUUGGAAUAGAACCGUUUUUAUUUCUUAUUGUAAUCAUGUAAUGAAUGUGUUAAUUUUAUUUUGUUAUCGAACAGUAUAAAGAUACUGUGAACUUUUUGUAUGUCAAUCAUCUUUGUAAACAGAAUAUUGAUUCAUGCACAAAAUACAAUAAAAUUAAAUCAGUUAAA